CUGCUGACAACAUUAUAAGGUCAUUGGAAUUACGUCCGCUAGCGGCUUUUUGUCCUUCGCUCUCAGCCACAAUGGAGAAGAUGGACAUCACAUCGCGGGUGGGGUUAGUGGACGGAUGAUGCUCGCCGGGGCUGAGUCGACGCCGUCAGCCGGGAGAAUUUGAGGAAGAUCCCGGUUCGUGUGUCCGAGCCUGCGCGUCUCUUAGCGCCGCCAUCAAGCCGAGCGUGAGACCGAGCAGCCGGCUGGCCUGUAAGCCGAUCUUCUCUGCUCCUUCCAUGCUGUGACCACCGCACCAGGAUGCUACGACUAGCCUGCUGCACCGCCCUGCUGCUCGUCUUGAGGCUGAUGGCGUGCCUGCCCUGGUCCCAGGUCCUGCCGGCCGCCCUCAUCUUCUACCUGGGAAGCGGAGGUUGGCGCUUCCUGCGGAUCUUCGCCAAAACCAUUGGCCGGGACUUGCACGCGGCAGCCGUGCUGUUGCAAGUCAAGAUGAACGUCAAGCGUCACCUUCGGCAGAAGAACACCCUCCCCGCCAUCUUCGCCGAGACGCUGCGUCGCCACGGCGACAAGACGGCGCUCAUCUUCGAAGGCACGGACGAGCGGUGGACCUUCCGGCAGCUGGACGAGUACUCCAGCCGGGUGGCACACCUGCUGCUCCAGCGCGGAUUCAAAGAGGGCGACGUGGUGGCCCUCUUCAUGGAGAACAGCUGCCAGUACGUGGGACUGUGGCUGGGCAUGGCCAAGGUGGGCGUGGAGGCGGCGCUCAUCAACUUCAAUCUGCGACUGGACGCCUUGGUGCACUGUGUCACCAUCUCUCACGCCAAGGCACUGGUCUUUGGCUCCGAGCUGGCUGACGCCGUGUCCCAGGUCCAGUCCUCCAUGGGCCAGACGCUGCAGGUCUUCUGCUGUGGACCCUGGGACCCCAAACGGGUGCCGCGGGGUACCGAGUCCCUGGAGCCGCUGCUGGCCGCCGCCCCUUCGCACCUGCCCAGUCGACCUCAACGCUGCUUCACAGACCGCCUCUUCUACAUCUACACGUCCGGAACCACGGGGAUGCCCAAAGCUGCCAUUGUGGUGCACAGCAGGUAUUACCGCAUGGCCGCUCUGGUCUAUUACGGCUUCAGGAUGACGCCGGACGACGUCUUGUACGACUGCCUUCCGCUCUACCACUCUGCAGGUAACAUCGUGGGCGUGGGCCAGUGUUUGAUCCACGGCAUGACCGUGGUCAUCAGAAAGAAGUUCUCCGCCUCUCGUUUCUGGGACGACUGCGCCAAGUACAAGUGCACCAUCGUCCAGUACAUCGGAGAGAUUUGCCGCUACCUGCUCAACCAGCCCGUCCGCGACACGGAGAGGCGGCACGGCGUGCGCAUGGCAUUGGGUAACGGCCUGCGUCAGUCCAUAUGGGAGGACUUCAUGGCGCGCUUCCACAUUCCUCAGAUAGCAGAAUUCUACGGAGCCACCGAGUGCAACUGCAGCUUGGGCAACUUUGACAACAAGGUGGGAGCGUGUGGCUUCAACAGCCAAAUCCUGCCCUUCAUUUACCCCAUCAGACUGGUGAGGGUGGACGAGGAGACCAUGGAACUCAUCAGGGGACAUGACGGCGUCUGCAUUCCCUGCAAGCCAGGCGAGCCCGGUCAGCUGGUGGGCAGGAUCAUUCAGAACGAUCCUUUACGGAGAUUCGACGGCUACGUCAACCAGUCCGCCACCAGCAAGAAGAUCUCCCACAGUGUCUUCAAGAAGGGAGACAGCGCUUAUCUUUCUGGUGACGUGCUGAUCAUGGACGAGUACGGACACAUGUACUUCAAGGACAGGACCGGAGACACCUUUCGCUGGAAAGGAGAGAACGUGUCCACCACCGAGGUGGAGGGCACCCUCAGCAGGCUGCUGGACAUGAAAGACGUGGUGGUCUAUGGAGUGGAAGUACCUGGCGCCGAAGGGAAAGCGGGGAUGGCCGCCAUCGCUGAUCCCUCACAGUCCUCAGACCUGGACAAGUUUGCCAAGGACCUGGACAACGCUCUUCCUCCCUACGCCCGACCUGUCUUCCUGCGCUUCCUCCCCGAAGUCAACAAGACGGGAACCUUUAAGUUCCAGAAGACGGAGCUCCGCCACCAAGGCUUCGACCCCACGGUGGUGUCGGACCGUCUGUACUUCCUGGACUCCAGCAGGGGGCGCUACGUGCGGCUGGACCAGGAGAUGUACUGCUCCAUACUUUCAGGGAAACUUAAGUUGUGAGCUGAAGUGAGAAGGGAAGUAGUGGCAAUGCUCUCUGGCUACCUCAGCUCACACACACACACACACACACACACACACACACACACACACACACAGGACUUGAAGAGCAGCUGCUGCACUAAAAGACAACUUUCAUCUUCCCUGCAGAAAAACACCAAUCACCGCAGCUGAUAUCAAUCAAAACUCACACCAAAUAUAUUUAAUGAACAUAUUUGAGGAAUCAUUUGUGUUAUUUAUGUUUGUCCUGCGCUACGAAAACUAAACGCUUGUCUUUAUUUUUUAAUCGUCGACAUUUGUGUGCUACAGAAAAUACAUCAAGUCUAUUUGAAAGGAGUAUUAGAGCCACCAGGUGAAAAGACUCAUUUGAUCAAAACCUCUGGCUAAUUGCUCCCAAACCUGACUUAGUGUGCAUUUCCCAGAGCCACAAAUAGAAUGACUGUAUUUUCCCGACUAUAAAGCGCUCGGAUAUAUACUGUAAGCCUCGCCCACUAAAUUGAAGGAAAAAGAAACCUUUUUCCAUAUACAAGUCGCACCGGACUAGAAGUGGCAGAUAUAUUGGUUGUGGAAUGACUUAUUUACACAGAAAUAUUCUCUACAUGUUUAUUUACAUAUCUCCAUUGUUUCCAAACAGUGUCUGUAACAGGGCAGUAAAACGGCUGAUCAAACAAAACAGAAAUCUUAGUCAUGGACCCACUAGCUGCGCAAGCUAGCUCUCCAAUCAGCUAAACAGACUCAAUAACUUGGGUGAAUUUACUGAGGAAUUUGUGAACGUGAAACAACAAAAAGAGUCCAAUUGUAAGUUAAUAAUGCUAACACACACACUCAUAAACCUGUUGGCAUAUUAGCUAUUGCAAACGGUACUAGCAUCAUUACAUUAAGAUAGCACGUACAAAUUUGCAUGAAAACACUCCUACAGACAUCACACAUGGGACGCUUUAGUAAGUAAGGAUUGUUGUAGUUAUAUUGUAAAACGUGCAAACCUUGUUUGAAUGAUGAAUGAAGAUCACAUAUGAGUAGAAAUGCUCUUGUACUUCCGGUUGAAAGUUCAGUCUAAACAGAAGGGCAAUGAAGCCACUGCAGCACCUGCAGUGAGCAAACUUGUCCAAAAGGUGGCGCCAUAGCACAAACAAUAAACACCAUUUCAGUGUUUUGCUUGUAUUUCAUGAAAACUUUGCAUUCAAGAAAAAACACCGUUUUAUAAGUCGCAGGGUUAAAAGCGUUGGGAAAAAGUAGAAGCUUAUAGUCCAGAAUUCUCAGUAGUUCCAUGCAAAAUAUAUUAAUGAGCUGAAUCUGAUUUUGACAAUAUGAGAGACAUGAAAAAUGGCCCAGGUAAUCAUCAAAUUACAAGCACGCUUCUUAAAAGAAACUAGCAUUGUCAUUUUACUGGUAAAAUGGUGCAUAAGUAAGAACAAAUGAUGCAAAUAAAGCUGCAAAAUGAACGAGUGGACCAACAAAUCUGGUAAGAAAAAUAUAUGUACUCUGAAAAUAAAGGCACAAUAUUACAAUUAUUUGACAUUACAACCUUAUUCUGCUUUUAGUCAUGACGGGCCUUUUUUACUCAUUACAACUUUUAUUCCUACAUUUUUAUUAUAUUCUUAGUAACACUUUACUUUUACAUUAUUCUACUAACAAUUGGACUUUUACAUUACGACCUUAAUUCCUAAAUCACGACUUAUGUUAUAAAAUCACGACUUUUAUUCCUACACUACAACUUGAAUUCUUACAUUAUGACUUAUUCUAACAUUACGACUUUUAUUCCUACAUUACGACUUGAAUUCUUACAUUAUGACUUAUUCUAACAUUACGACUUUUAUUCCUGCAUUACGACUUGCAGUUCUUACAUUGCGACUUUUAUUAUAAUAUUGCGACUAUUAUUCCUACAUUACGACUUUUUAUUCUUACAUGACGAUUUUUAUUACAUUACGACUUUUGUUCUAACAUGACUUUUAUUCUAACAUUCUGACUUUUAUUCUGACAUUACAACUCUUCCUUGUAACCCUAAGACUGCAUUCUUAUAGAUUUGCACUGCAGGUGGGUGAUAAUACUCCUUUACAAAUAACUUCAUUCUUUACUACGUGUUUCUUUGAAGAAGAAUUAAAGUCACACGCACGCACGCACGCACGCACACACACACACACACACACACACACACACACACACACACACACACACACACACACACAGUUGAGCCGAAAGAAUCUAAAAGGUUGUGAAAUUUGUGAAAGUCCAUCUGAUGUUUGUGUGAUGUUUGUCAGUUUGUGAUGAGCGUCAUGGAGUUUUAGCAGAGUACUGUGCCUUACUGUCUCACACACACACACACACACACACACACACACACACACUCCCCGUGUGCGUCGUGUAUUUUCCAUUCGCUCACAGGCAUGUUAAAAACAUCUGAUCUAAAGCUAAUUUUUGUUGAGAGAUUUGUCAAGUUUUACAUGCAGACAACAAUGUGAAAUAAAGAUCUGUAUCCAAUAUUCCAAAACCACAAGCAUAGUGCUACUCACCUUUUUCAUCAAAGUGCAGGCACUUUGGCACCACGGUGGCCCUUUUUGGAGGCCUUUUCCUCCUCUUGGCCCAACACUCAGAGUUACGCAGUGCGCUUGAACGCCCCGCACAAAACAGACACCACUCCUGACAGUUGUGUUCACGGUCCUAUGUACACAUUCAACGCACAAUUGUGUCCCAACUCUUCGAAUAAACAAUUCUUUGUUGAAAUGCCGCCCAUUUAAAUCGGCGUGCAUGAAAACCGAGGUGCUGUUUGAGCAUAAAAGGUCUUUUACAUUUAACAGACACUUUAGGAGAAGAAUAUGAUGCGGUUAAAAAGUCAAAUGUUCUUUGAACGCACCACAAACUGACACACGUCACAAACACAACAAUCCAGACAGCAAACCUACUUCCUGUUUACCUUUCCUCGGCCAAUGAGAGGAGAGAACGAUGUCACAUGGUUGUCGCAUGUCACGCGAUGGUUUAUGUUUGCAUUCUUUUGUCUUCUUUCAUGUCCAUUGUCCUCGUCAUUGUUCUUAUUUCAUGUCCAUUGUCCUCGUCAUUGUUCUUCUUUCAUGUCCAUUGUCCUCGUCAUUGUUCUUAUUUCAUGUCCAUUGUCCUCGUCAUUGUUCUUCUUUCAUGUCCAUUGUCCUCGUCAAUGUUCUUCUUUCAUGUCCAUUGUCCUCGUCAUUGUUCUUCUUUCAUGUCCAUUGUCCUCGUCAAUGUUCUUCUUUCAUGUCCAUUGUCCUCGUCAAUGUUCUUCUUUCAUGUCCAUUGUCCUCGUCAAUGUUCUUCUUUCAUGUCCAUUGUCCUCGUCAAUGUUCUUCUUUCAUGUCCAUUGUCCUCGUCAAUGUUCUUCUUUCAUGUCCAUUGUCCUUGUCAAUGUUCUUCUUUCAUGUCCAUUGUCCUCGUCAAUGUUCUUCUUUCAUGUCCAUUGUCCUUGUCAAUGUUCUUCUUUCAUGUCCAUUGUCCUCGUCAUUGUUCUUCUUUCAUGUCCAUUGUCCUCGUCAAUGUUCUUCUUUCAUGUCCAUUGUCCUCGUCAAUGUUCUUCUUUCAUGUCCAUUGUCCUCGUCAAUGUUCUUCUUUCAUGUCCAUUGUCCUUGUCAAUGUUCUUCUUUCAUGUCCAUUGUCCUCGUCAAUGUUCUUCUUUCAUGUCCAUUGUCCUUGUCAAUGUUCUUCUUUCAUGUCCAUUGUCCUCGUCAUUGUUCUUCUUUCAUGUCCAUUGUCCUCGUCAAUGUUCUUCUUUCAUGUCCAUUGUCCUCGUCAAUGUUCUUCUUUCAUGUCCAUUGUCCUCGUCAAUGUUCUUCUUUCAUGUCCAUUGUCCUUGUCAAUGUUCUUCUUUCAUGUCCAUUGUCCUCGUCAAAGUAGUUAUUUGAAAAACCAGAAUGAAAAAGUGAAAUGUAUGAAGUGCUGUCAAGCUGUUAAUGAUGCUUCUUCGAGUGACCACCAGGCGGCGUGUGACUUCAACAGCAGCCCACUUUCCAUUCUGCUUGUAUGACGUCAUUGUUUGUGCGACAAUCUGGAGCCAUAAAUUGUUUCCUGAUCAUGAAA